AUGAAAUACGUUACCUUGCAGGGUAGCUGGAGGGCCCUCUUUUUUGGAACUUUUAGAAGACAGCCUUCGUCGAAGAACUACAGAUAUAAAUAUGUGGCAUCCAAGAUAAAGAAGUUGGUACUGGAUACACACACGAAGGGUCUCACAAAUGCGAAAUCUGAGCUGAUGGUCAUUCGAUGUGACAGACAAUUAUUCACGAGUUCGAUCCACAAGUUGCGAGAAGUAAUAUUAAAGGAUAUAAGUGGUCCGCCGGAAGCAUGCAUCAAGAUAUUACAAACAGGGAGAACACUGAGGAGAGAUUGGGGCCCAACCGGCGUAUUGAGCUGGCAGAAUAUAGCACCCAUCUUUGCCCAUCCACUCAACCCGAUUUGCGCUACGGAGGGGGGCGAUCCUUCAUUCGAAUAUAGGAACACCUUGAGGUUAAGCUCCAAAGAUGAUAGGGAAGAACUACUACAUGUCCGCUGGGCAGAUCUGACCUACUCCAACUCCUGCCGAGGUGUUGGAGUCACCAAAGAGAAGUUCAGCGGGCUUGGGAAGGACGUAGAAUUCGUCAAUCCUGCUAAUGGUAAUCUACUGCGCGUAUACCAAGUAGACGAGGUGCCGGAGGGUUGUGAUGCCAUUGCUCUAUUCCCUGCAUAUGUACCGUCACAGAGACGCUAUUUCACAGGCUUGGAGCUCUGUGCGGCUCUCAUACGGCAAUCGCCGUGCACCAGGGAAGAACAAUCGAAGCUAGAAGCUCACAUCUCGAGCUCUCUGAAAAAUCAGAAUGAUACUGCUGUGACACCUGUAGCAGAGCAUCCGCUUGAUGAAACAUGCUUUGUAACCCUGAAGCAACUAAUGGAUGCAACCAAUAAGUGCAAGCCUCUCUGGAGUUCCGGAAGGGACAAAGAUAAAACCUGUCCCGGCGAUGUUAUACGUUGUUCGCUAGUUUCGGAGAAAGUAGAUUUCUCUCAGCUGGUGGAAGAAUACUGCAAGCACUAUAUUCUUUUUAGUUUGGUAUCGCAGGCAUUAAGAAUGAGCCGUACAGUCGAUCAAUCUGCGUCGUAUGAGAGCCACAAGCUUGAAUUUAGUCCAAUGGAUACCUUUGUCUGGCAGGAACUUCAGAGAAUCAACGAAAUUGCGCCGCCAACCACUGUCUCAGAAUUGAUUGGAUACAAGAAACAGAUCGAUGAAUUCCUAGAGUUGUUGAGUAGCUACUACUUUAGCAUUGUUUCUGAGAUGAAGGCGUCAAGUAGAACGUACUUCCGGGACGGGAUCAACGUGCCGAGAGCCGUUCCAGUCCUGAGGGUUCUGCUAGAAGUGGUUUGUAACUGCAAAGGAUUUAAGAUAUUUUACCCCAAUCUCUCGCUCUAUGCCACCAAGGUCUUGCCGGAGAUGCCAAAACUAGGAGAGGCGAAAGAAACAGUUGUAGCCAACGAAGAAGCUAACCUGACGUUGGGAUCUAAAGUUCUGGCUAUGUUCAAGCACAUCGCGCAGUUUGAAAACAUGAUGUUCUACGAUAAGUUCAGUAUAGCCACAGGGCUAGAAAUAGAGCCAAUAACUUCUUUGAAGAGCUGGAAAAUUGUCAUCGUAUCCAAGAGCCCUCUGCCAGUCGAAAUCGAGCGAGCCCUCCUGUUCAGUUCACGGGUAUACACACAGUGCGUCAGAGAUCUCGAACAUGCUACGCUCCUCCAGCACGCCACCUGUGAGGCUCGCAGAAUGAUAGAUGAGGAUACCUUCAUGUUCCUGUAUCGAUUGCAGAGGCCGCCAAAAGUUGAUAGAGAGCAAUUGGCCAAUGCGAUUAUCGAAAAGCUAGACGAAGCAUCCAAGACGUAUCAUACAUAG